UUUUUUGCCCUCCUCCGUCGUAUUCACGGAACAACUCACAUAUGGAGAAUAAAACUUUUUGCUUUGCCAUUCCAUCAGCCUGUUGUGGGCAAAUUUGGAUGUUUGUGAUCUAAAUUUCUUUGUAUCAGUUGUUGGAUUUGACAAGGACCCACCAACCCUUUUCUAUGCUUAAUAUGCUAAAUAUUUCAAUCUCACCUCAUCUUCAACACCCUUCUUUCUAUCUAUUGAAUAAUGCAUAAAAGUAACCAAAAUAUGUCCCAUUUACAAACACACUCUCUCUCUCCUCAUUGCCUCCUAAUCUCCUUAUUCCACACCCUCUCUCCCACUCUCAUCAGGGAAAACAAUUCAUUUUAUUUCAGAUACUGAAUCAGAUAUUGUGGAGUUUGCUUAAUUAGAAUCAUGAAUGGUUAUCAGCAGCAAAAAACUAGGGAGGAAGUUGCAGAAAUAAAGCAAGAAGAAGGGUCAGCAGAUAAGCAAUGCCCAGCUUCACCUCCUUCAGCAUCUUCAUCCCCUUCUCAUGAAUUCUCCUUCACAGUCGUCUCUCUCCAUUCUUCCUCCAACGCUGUCCCUGGUAAAACCAAAACCCCACCUUCAAUGGCUAUCGAUUUGUCACCAGCAGAUGACAUUUUCUUUCAUGGUCAUUUGCUCCCUCUCCACCUCCUUUCUCAGCUCCCCGUGUCUCCACGUUUCUCUACGAAUUCAUUGGAUGGAUGCAACGUUCCCGUGAGAGAGUUAUUGGAUGAUCCGAAACCUGAUAAACUCAGCAGCACCAAUUGUAGAAGCAAAAGUGACAGCAAUAUCAGAAGCAGCAACAAGAACCAUGGGAAUGGAAAAGUUGGUAACUUUAAUCAAAGCCACGACGUUGAAGCCAAAGGAAGGCCGAAGUCCAAGUCUUUCUCCUUACCCCGUUUAACAAGGUGGCACCACCACAAAGGGCGUGGCGUUAGAGAAACAGAAGAAAAAGAGAAGCACAAGACAAAGAUGAGAUUCGACUUGAGACAUGUUUUGAAGAGGUACGUGAGGCUGGUUCGGCCGUUGUUAUUCUUCAGAGGAAGGAGAGAGAACCGCCAUCUCCAUAGGCAAUCUCACUCAUUUUCAGGCAAUUUAAGUUCGAGAAACAAAGACAAGGAGUUGAGAGCAAGGAGAGGAGAUUACUGUUCAGCGCCGGCUUCGAUGAGGACAUCGCCCACGAACAGUGGUCUUCUUGUUGCAACCACGGGCUACUCUUCUUCAUCCAGUGGCAGCACCAUGGAAGAGUUACAGGCUGCAAUUCAAGCUGCCAUUGCUCAUUGCAAGAAUUCCAUUAAAGGGGAAGACAAAUUUAACUGCUAGGCUAGUUUCAGUUUUGUUCUUUUCAUAUUUAUUAACCUCUAUAGAUUAUUUUU